ACCCCAAAAACCCGAAAAAAAUCUAAGAAGAAUGGAUCCUCCCAAACUCCCUCUCUUGCUUCUUCUCACAUUUGCUUCCGCCAUUAACGCCCAAUUUUUCCCAAAGCCCUAUUGUGGUUCGACUGGCAACUUCAGCGCCGACAGCACCUACCAAACCACCCUCGCCACCAUCCUCUCCUCCAUCUCCACCGCCAACUCCUUGUUCCUCACCUACGGCUUCUUCAACGCCUCCUUCGCCGUCUCCGGCGCCUCCCAAACCCUCUAUGUCAUCGGCUCCUGCCACGGCGACCUCACCUCCGAGAGCUGCCGCACCUGCCUCAAUGGCUCAGCCUCCGACAUCCGCCGCCUCUGCCCCCUCCAGAAGGAGGCGGUCCUCUACAGCGAGAACCGCUCCGUCCGUUACUCCAACACCUCGAUCUUCCGCACAGUCAAAACCGACCCUUACUACGUGCUAAACAACGUCAACGACGUCACAAGCCCAGACACGUACAACGCUGCGCUGCGGACGCUGCUGGACCGUCUGCGGGGUGAGACAGCGGGCGGCGGCUCACUGAGGAAGUACGCGACGGGCAACACAUCGGCGGUUUUCAACACGAUCUACGCGAUGACACAAUGCACGCCGGACUUGACCAACCAGCAAUGCAUCGACUGCCUGGUGACAGUCAUCGGGAGACUUGGGCAGUGCUGUGCUGGGAAGAUGGGAGUGAGGAUCAUGGCCCCGAGUUGCCAGUUCCAGUACGAGACCGAUGAUCAGUUCUUCGAUCCGGUGGGUGAGCAACUUCCGCCGUCCCCUGCACCGGUGGCAGAUGCGCUGCCUCCGCCACCAGGUGGAAAGAGCAAUUUGAAUAGGACUGUGAUCAUUGUGGUCGCCACAAGUGUUUCUGCGGUUUUUCUUGUUGGUGUUAUUGUACUUCUGAGAGUGAAAAGGAAGAAGAAACCCAGGCAAAGAGUUGAAGGUGAGGCUGUGGAUGAAAUUAGCACAGUGGAGUCGCUGCAAUUUGAUUUCGGCACUAUUAGAGAGGCAACGGAUAAUUUCUCUAAUUCCAAGAAGCUUGGACAAGGAGGUUUUGGUGCUGUUUACAUGGGCCGGCUCUACAAUGGACAGGAAAUUGCAGUGAAACGGCUGUCUCAUAAUUCCAGCCAAGGAGAAGUAGAAUUCAAGAAUGAGGUCAUGUUACUAGCUAGGCUACAACAUAGGAACUUGGUCAGGCUCCUAGGUUUCUGUUUGGAAGGGGUGGAACGUCUACUCAUUUACGAGUUUGUGCCCAAUUCAAGCCUUGAUCAAUUCAUAUUCGAUCCCCUGAAGCAUGCCAAUCUCAAUUGGGAUAGGCGUCAAAAGAUAAUAAUGGGUGUCGCUCGAGGGCUACUUUACCUACACGAAGAUUCUCGACUUCGUAUCAUCCAUCGGGACCUCAAAGCCAGCAACAUUUUGUUGGACUCCGACAUGAAUCCUAAGAUAUCUGAUUUCGGUAUGGCAAGACUAUUCGAGUUGGACCAGACUCAGGCAGAGACAAAUCGGAUCGUGGGGACCUACGGAUAUAUGGCGCCAGAGUAUGCAAUGCAUGGAAACUUCUCGAUCAAAUCCGAUGUCUUCAGUUUUGGUGUGCUGGUUUUGGAGAUUGUGAGUGGGCAAAAGAAUAAUAUUUUCCGGGCAGGUGAUCAUGCGGAGAUCCUUAUAAGCUCUGUUUGGAAGAAUUGGAGGGAAGGAACAAUAUCCAAAAUCAUCGAUCCCUCUAUAACCUCUAGUUUGAGUACCGAAAUUGUGAGGUGUGUCCACAUUGGUCUACUGUGCGUCCAAGAAAAUGUGGCUAACCGACCGACAAUGGCCUCAGUCCUUCUCAUGCUUAACAGCCACUCGGUCACACUGCAAGUGCCGUCACAACCUGCAUUCUUCAUGCACAGCGACAUCGAAUCCGAUAUGUCAUCUACUCAAGAUUACAAUUCAAGGGUGUCUGACGUCGACAGAUUAAGAAGCAAAUCGAACCAAUUCUCGAACAACGAGGUCUCUGUGACUGAGCCAUAUCCACGGUAGCCUUGACAAAUGAGAGAUCAGUAUGCCCUACAUGUUAAUUUUUGUGUUUCUCAUGGUUUUCAUAUCAUCAAAAUUACAUUCUCAUGAUUUAAUUCUUCCUAGCAAAUACCCUUUUUUUGUAGUGCUUAAGCAAUAUAUGGAGCUAGAUUUUAUGUAUCAAACUGAGUGUAUUUUCCAAUUUUGUCAAAGGCACGCCAUCU